CUGUGCAAACAUAGAUCGUACAUUCAAGCAGAGCUCUGAUUCGAGUAUAUAGUCGAUAAUGUGGUGAAAGUUGCGCUAUUUUUCUGCAUUUUUGAGCUCAAAAUGUCCGUUAGAGAGACGCCGAAGGGUUCAGACGAGAACUUAACUGCCUCCUCUGAUAGUUUUUGGGAGGUAGGYAAUUAUAGAAGGACAGUAAAACGAAUCGAUGAUGGAGCAAAGUUGUGUGAUGAGUUCAUGAAGCUCAUUGCAGAACGAGCAGAGAUUGAAGCAAAGUACUCCUCAAAGCUGAAAAACUGGGCCAAAAAGUGGGAGGAAGCAAUUAAACUUGGACCAGARUAYAAUUCAAUGGAGGCAGCAAUGAAAGGCGCUAUAAAUGAAGCUARUUCAAGAUCCAACGUUCAUACAAAAUGUCGUGACGAUUUGAUGAAUGAAGUUCAUGAGCUAGUCAAGAAAUGGAAAACUGACAACUAUCAUAAAUCGUUAUUUCAAUGGAAAGAAACUAAAGAAGCUGAAGARGGAUUUUCYAAAGCUCAGAAACCAUGGGCUAAGUUUCUAAUGAAAGUGAUGAGAGCUAARAAAGCUUAUCAUGCGGCAGCCAAAGCGAAAGACCAAGCUGAUAAAACUGUGACCGAUGCGAAUAARGACUCAAAUUUCCCUCCAGAUAAACUUAGAAAACUCGAAGAUCUCGCUGAAAAAAAGAGAGAAGAAAUGGAAAAGRCAAAGCAAAAGUAUGAACGAAGAAUUGAUGAAAUCACUCAYGAYCAUAACGACACAUACGCCGAAGGAAUGGCUCGACAAUUCGAGAAGUGUCAAGAGUUUGAAGAGAAGCGACUAGAGUUYAUGAAACAAGCUUUGAUGAAGUACCACCAAAGUUUGGAUAUUUCUGAAGUUAUACCAUUCAAAGAUAUCUUUAUACAAAUGAGUACAACAUUCCAGUUAGCUAAUAGUCAGCAAGAUCUGGAUUGGUGGUCCAGGAAUCAUGGUACUGCUAUGCCUCAUAACUGGCCAGCAUUUGAGGAAUUUGACCCUAAUCAGGUUACACAGAAGCCAGAGAAGUUGCAGUAUGUUGCUAACUCAAAUCAAGUGCCAUUAACUGGUUAUAGAGAAACCAGCCAUGAUGGAAGACCACCGUCGCCACCUCCGUCAUAUACUGGUGCUUAUAUGGAAGAUAACAAUGCCGUACCACAGUACAGCACAACCGCCGAAGCUCAGUAUAAUACACCAAAGCCAUUGUACAACAGCGACCCUCAAUAUGAUCAUCCAUUUUCCCAUGGCGACAACUUAGACGUAGACCCUCCUGAUGACGAAUGGGAUUCUGAGCCUCCUCCGCUGCCCAUGGAUAUUGGUGUACCAGUACGUGCWCUUUAUGGUUAUGAAAAAGUUGAAGARGACGAAUUAACGUUUCAAGCUGGAGAUAUUUUAACAAAGUUGUCAGAAGUUGACGACCAGGGUUGGUGCUUGGGGAGGUUUGAAGGAAGAGAGGGGUUAAUCCCAGCGGACUAUGUAGAAGCAGUAUAAUGAAUUAAUGUUAGUUUGAUAUUACAAUUUAGUKAAAAGUUGGGACAAGUUCAUGUAUCGUACUAAAGCAAUACAUGUAAUUAGAAAGGCUGAAAG